UUUGGCGGGAAUCAGUAAACAAAAAUAUUGUAUUUAUUUUUCUUGAAAAAUAAAACUGAAUAUUGAUAAAAAAAAUUUAAACAUUGAUAAUAUCGUUUAUUGUCUUCAUAAUUAUUAAAGAGAUAUAAAUAAAAUAAAAAUGACUGAUAAUUUAGACGAUGAAAUUAAUCAAAGAUCAUUGUCUGGAGACGAAGGUCAAAAUUCAGAUGAUAAUGAAAAUAAACUUACUAAUAAUGAUCAACAAGAAAACGAUGAAAAUAAUGAAGAAGCUGGUAGAAAAAUUGAUCCAAAGACUUCAAGAAAACGUAUAGUUCGUAAUCCUAUACCAAAGUUAAAUCCUGCAAGGUUAAAAGGACCUAAAGGUAUUCAUACUAUUGAGGAAUAUUUUACAGGAUUUAAAUUUCACGGUAAAGGACAUGAAAAACAUGAUUUAGAUCGUAUUAUGAAACGUUUAGAACAUUGGGGACAUAGAUUAUUUCCAAAAUAUCAAUUUGAUGAUUUUAUUGAAAAACUUGAAGCUUUGGGAACAAAAAAAGAACUUCAAGCAUUCCUUACAAGAUACCGUAGAGAUAUGAUGCUUAAUGAAGUAAUUAUUCGAGAAGAAGAUGAUGUUAUUGAUGAAAGAGAAAAAUCACCUGAACCUGUAGAUGAAUUUGAUUUACUUAUUGCUGAACAAAUUGAAAAAACUAAACAAGCAACAGUAGUUACUGAAACAACUCAACGUAAUAAUGAUAUCUUUGAUUCACUUUUAAAUUCACAAAAUCAGCAAACACUCAGUAGUAGUCAACAAGUCAAUAUUAGUGAAUCUAUUAAUUCAACUGAGUCAGAUGAAGAAAUAAAAAAGAAAAUUGAGAGAAACAGGCAAUUGGCAAUUGAACGUAGACAAGCUAAAUUGCGGAAAGAUGAACAAAUUAAAAAAAGUAAAAUUUCCGAAUCUUCUAUUGUAUCCGGUGAAAUAGAAAAAACUACAAAAGCAUUACCACAUACAUCUGAAAAUUUACCACAAACAAGUGAAAGUAUUCCUCAUGUCCAAAUACCAGUUACAAAUUCUAAAGAUCAAAAUCCAACUCUUACUGAUGAAGAAAUAAAUUCCAUUUUCAAUUCAGACACUCAACCGUUAGAAGAUAUCGACAUUCAAGAAAAUAAUCAACAACUUUCAAAUACAGUCAAUGGCAAUUUAAACAACAAAAAUGUACCCAAACCUCUAUUAACUGACGAAGAACUUGAAAGAGAGAUAAAUGAAGCCGUCAACCAGUUCGCCCAACAAAAAAGACCAUUACACUAA